GGACAUUCCUGCCAUCCCCAAUAUUAUUUCUGUUGUGUGGACAGCAGCAGCAGCAGCAGCUCCUGGUCAGUUUGCGUCUUUGCUUGGAUUUGGAUCUUGCUGGAGUUUUCCUGACGCGCUGCUCUCAGAUCUGCUUUCAGACAUCUGACAAGAGCUGAGGACAGUGUCUGCGGUAAAGAGGACACAAUGUCGGGAUCGAUACCGUUCUACCAGAAACACCACCGCCACUAUGACCGAUCCUACCGUAGCCGAGAAACAGAGUCUGCUAUCAGCCAAUACCAGCAGAGCUCCAGUAGUUAUUCUGCACAUAGCAGCAAAAGCUCCAAGGGCAUUCGAGCUGCCACAUACACGGCUCUCGAUGAGGGCCUGAGUCCUCUGCCCAAAAGAGCCAAACCCACAUAUCUGGCCAUGGACAAGGAGAACCAGAUCAUCGGUUAUGUGGUGCCCAUCUUCAGGGGCAGUCAUGAUUUUGCGAGCGGCCUGUCGGACUCAGAAGAAGCUCGUGCUAAAGUGAGCGCUGGUUAUGUGUCUGGCCGUGAGCUGUUCUCCAGCGGCGUAGAGUCUGAACGCAGCCGAAGAACUGUCAUGAGGGAGUCUGCAGAGCGCAUCCAACUUAGCAAGAGGAUCCAUGAGAACGAAGAGUACCACAAACGUCAGAACGAGGACAGCCUGAUGCACACACCCGAGUUCGUGAUCAAGCCGCGCUCACACACUGUGUGGGAGAAACAGUGUGUGCGGCUCCACUGCACCAUCUCAGGAUGGCCCGACCCGCGCGUCGUCUGGUACAAGAACAAUGUCAGCAUUGAUCCCAUGUCCAAUCCAGGGAAGUACAAAGUGGAGAGCAGCUACAAUGUGCACUCGCUGGAGAUCAACAGAUGUGAUUUUGAUGACACGGCACAGUAUCGAGUGUCUGCCAUGAACAGCAAAGGCGAGAACUCGGCUUAUGCGUCUGUUGUCGUCAAAAGAUUUAAAGGAGAGUUUGAUGAAUCUCUGCCAUCUCCCAGACUGCAAAGCAGAAAGUUCGGCUUUCAAGCACCUUGUCUGGAGUAUGGAGUGACGUUCGAGACGCACAUCGUGGAGAAGUUUGGUGUGGCUUUUGGACGUGAAGGAGAGACGUUGAGUUUUGGCUGCUCUGUCAUCAUUUAUCCUUCACUGCAGCGCUUCCAGCCAGAGAUCGAGUGGUACAGAGAUGAUAAGCUGCUGGUGCCGUCGAAGUGGGUUCAGAUGCACUGGAGCGGCGACAGAGCGACACUGACCCUCACACACCUCAACAAGGAGGACGAGGGUCUUUACACACUGCGCGUCAUCACCAAAUCUGGCUUCCAGUCUCACUCUGCGUAUGUGUUCGUCAGAGAUGCUGAUGCUGAUGUUGCCGGCGCUCCUGGCGCUCCAUUAGAUGUUCACUGUCUGGAUGCUAAUAAGGAUUAUGUCAUUGUGGCCUGGAAACAGCCUGCAGUCGAUGGUGGGAGUGCCAUUCUGGGCUACUUUGUUGACAGGUGUGAGGUCGGCACCACACACUGGGCUCAAUGUAACGACACCCCGGUCAAGUUUGCACGUUUCCCCGUCACUGGUCUGAUUGAAGGACGGAGCUACACAUUUCGUGUGCGCGCGGUUAAUAAAGCGGGAAUGAGCCACCCCUCGCGUGUAUCUGAACCUGUAGCUGCUAUGGAUCCCGCAGAUCGCUCCAGAAAAGGUGCUUCUGCUCCUUGGACUGGACAAAUAAUUGUAACCGAGGAGGAGCCUGUGGAGGGAGUGGUUCCUGGCAGACCUCAAGAACUCUCAGUCAUUGAAGCCACCAAAAACUAUGUGGUGUUGAGCUGGAAGCCGCCGGGUGAAAAAGGACAUGAAGGAGUCAUGUAUUAUGUGGAGAAGUGUGUGUCAGGCACAGACAGCUGGCAGCGAGUGAACACUGAAAUCCCAGUGAAAUCUCCACGAUUUGCUCUCUUUGAUCUGGCCGAGGGCAAAUCUUACCGCUUCAGAGUUCGCUGCUGCAACUCUGCUGGUGUUGGAGAACCAUCAGAACCCACUGACGCCACAACGGUUGGAGACAAAUUGGAUAUCCCAUCAGCCCCUGGACGCGUGGUGCCGACCCGCAAUACAGACACAUCUGUGGUGAUUUCAUGGGAAGCGUCUCGUGACGCUAAAGAGCUGGUGGGCUACUACAUCGAGAGCAGCAUCGCAGGGAGCAAUACUUGGGAGCCAUGCAACAACAAACCAGUUAAAGCCACAAGGUUUAUCUGCCAUGGCUUGACCACAGGCGAGAGCUAUGUUUUCAGAGUAAGAGCGGUCAAUGCAGCAGGAAUCAGUGAAUUCUCACAGGAAUCUGAAGCAAUUGUAGUUAAAGCUGCUAUCGCUUCACCUGCUCCACCCUAUGGCAUCUCUGUGCUGGAAUGUGUGCGGGAUUCAAUGGUUCUGGCCUGGAAACAACCCACUUUCAUCGGCGGAGCCGACAUCACUGGUUACUUUGUUGACUAUCGUGAAGUCACUGGUGGUGUACCGGGAAAAUGGCACGAGGCCAAUAUUAAGGCUAUCAGUGAGAGAGCCUACAGAGUUUCAGAGCUGAAGGAAAACAUGCUGUACCAGUUCCAGGUUCGAGCUGCCAACAUGGCCGGUGUGGGCAUCCCGUCUCUUCCCAGUGAGACAUUCAAGUGUGAAGAGUGGACGAUUGCUGUACCGGGACCACCACAUGACCUCCAGGUUCAGGAGGUGCGUAAAAACUCUCUGGUGCUGCUCUGGAAGCCUCCGGUUUACCAGGGUCGUGACGCAGUGAAUGGAUAUUACAUUGACAUCAAGGAGGCCGAAGCUGACUUUGAAAUGUGGAGAGGAGUCAACGAGAAAGCUACCGACAAGGCAUUCUUCAAGGUCAAUGAUCUGAAGGGGGGCGAGUCGUAUGUUUUCCGCGUUCGUGCUCAGAAUAAGGCUGGUGUUGGAAAAGCAUCAGAUCCUACAGAACCGGUUGAGGCAGUGACUAAACCAGGCACUGCUGAAAUAGUGGUGAAUGUCGAUGAUGAAGGUGUCAUUUCACUGAAUUUCGAGUGCUCCAACCUUACCGGCGACUCCAAAUUUGUCUGGUCCAAGAAUUACGAGGAAAUGACAGAACCUGAACGCAUGACCUUAGAAACCAAGGGUAGCAAGUCCAAAGCCAUCUUUAACUCUCCUUCAGAGGAGGAUCUGGGCAUCUACUCUUGUUUCGUGACACACACUGAUGGAGCGUCUGCCAGCUACACGUUCUCUGAAGAAGCUCUGAAAGAACUGCUGAAGGUCAGCCACGACCACAAAUUCCCCAUCAUCCCUCUGAAGACGGAGCUGGCCGUGGAGCUGCUGGAGAAAGGCAGAGUUCGCUUCUGGCUACAGGCGGCCAAAAUCUCUGCCAACGCAAAAGUUGAAUACGUGUUCAAUGACAACAUGAUCUCGCAGGGAGAGAAAUACAAGAUGAACUUUGACAAAAACACUGGCAUCAUUGAGAUGUUCAUGGAGUCUCUGGGCAAAGAGGACGAGGGCACGUUCACUUUCCAGCUUCAAGACGGAAAAGCCACCAACCAGUCCAGUCUAGUGCUAAUCGGAGAUGUGUUUAAGCAGUUGCAGAAGGAAUCAGAGUUUCAGAGGAAAGAAUGGCAUAGAAAGCAAGGUCCACACUUUGUGGAGUAUCUUGGUUAUGAAGUGACACCUGAAUGCUGCGUCAGACUGAAGUGUAAGGUUGGUAACAUGAAGAAAGACUCGACGGCGUUGUGGUAUAAAGAUGGACGGGAGGUGAAGGUCGACGAAAAACUGGAUUUCUCUGAAGGAGUGUUAACUUUGGAGAUCGCACAGAUUUCGAAAAAGGAUGCUGGUAUUUAUGAAGUGGUUCUGAAAGACGAAAGAGGCAAAGACACCUCCACCCUCAACCUUACUGACCAAGGAUUCAAAGACCUGAUGAACCAGGUUUUCAGUGUUAUUGCGAACUCCUCGACUCCGCUAAAGAUCCAGAGCACAGAGGAGGGAAUCAGACUUUACACCUUCGUCAGCUAUUAUAAUGAUGAGCUGCACGUCACCUGGCACCACAAGGACGCCGCGAUCGCGUUCACCGAGCGCAUUAAGAGCGGUGUUGUUGGGGAACAGCUGUGGCUGCAGAUCUCUGAACCCACAGAGAAAGACAAAGGCAAAUACGCCAUUGAGUUCUUCGAUGGGAAAGGAGGACUACGAAGAACUGUGGAGCUCGCCGGACAAGCGUUUGAUGAUGCAUUUGCUGAAUUUCAAAGACUCAAGGCUGCAGCUAUUGCAGAGAGAAAUCGUGCUCGUGUGGCUGGUGGUUUACCUGAUGUCGUGACCAUACAAGAGGGCAAGUCGCUGAACCUGACCUGUAAUAUCUGGGGUGAUCCUGUCCCGGAGGUGACGUGGCUGAAGAACGAGCGCGAGAUGGUUUCAGACGAUCAUUACAUCCUCAAGUUUGAGUCUGGGAAGUUUGCCAGUUUCACCAUCACCAGCGUCAAUACAGCCGAUUCCGGAAAAUACAGCAUCCUGGUCAAGAAUAAAUACGGCACGGAGAGCGGAGACUUCACCGUAAGUGUCUUCCUGCCGGACGAGGAACACGGCAAGAAAAAAUAAACACAAAAAUUUAAGUUGAAGAAAUUACUUAGAAAUCGAUUAUAGUGUAAUAAUAAACAGGUUAAAGUACUUAGUGUAUUUACUAACACGAACAAACAGUGAACAAUACAUUUAUUACACUAUUUAUUUGUCUUUGUUAAGGUUGGUUAAUGAAAAUAAAGUCGUUCGUUUUUAGUUUUUGUCAUUAACUAAUGUUUACAAGCACAACUAUGCUGUUUAAUUAUGCAAACAAUUGGAUUAAUAAAUGCUGUACAAGUAUUGUUCAUUCUAAGUUCAUGUUAGUAAACUUACAUUAUUAAUAAAUGCAGAAAUUAUUCAUAAUAGUUAUUGCCCAAUUUAUAUUUCACAUGCGAAAGUUUGGAAUAAUUAAAUAUUUAUGUUUUUGUUUCUUAUGCUCGCCAGGGCUGUAUUUAUUUUAAAAACAAAACAGAUUCUUAAAUGAUACUGCAAUAUUUAUACUUUAAUAUACAUAAAAAUACAUUUCAUACAAACAUCAUUAAUAUAAACUCAAUUCCAUGUCAUGAAAAAUAUCAACUGCCAUCCUAGUGAGCAUAAGAAACCUUUAGAAACGUAAACAACAGCUUAUUCCACACUUCCCCCCUAAUCCGGUGGUGUAUUUCCUCAACAUGGUGCUAAUAUCUUGAUUUUUGCUGAAUGAAAAGUAUUGGUCCAAGUUUAAUCCCCCACACACACAAUCAAAUGCAGUGUUUUACCCGGAAACACACUGUGAUUUGCAGUUUGCAUUAUUUACUUGACAGUAUUCUCCGCUGCGGUGUAAGAAAAAAGAGCCCAUAUUAGAGAAUGAAUGAUUUCAGAUUGUACUGUGUGACUUUCCUUGUGUAGAUUUAGUGAAGAAACAAGCACACGAAAGAUGAUCAGUUAUGAAUUGAGAGACAAAUGCUCCAUUUCUGUAUGGUUUAUCAUUAUUCUGUCUUGAAAAGCAGGAGCUGGAUUCAUAAAAACUCCUUAAAAAUAUCCUUUAAAA